AUGGCCAAAAUUUCUUCUGAUCAAGAGGAGAAGGGUCUCCAACGAAUCCCACCAAGUCUUAGGGUCCUUGCCAUUGACACUGAUCCCACAGUUCUUGAUUUCAUCAAGAAAACAUGCAACCAGUAUGGUUAUCAAGUUAUCACUUGCUCAGAAUCUGUAAUUGCUGCAAAUGUUUUGCGGGAAAGCAAAGGACGUAUUGAUUUGAUACUCAUUGAAGUUCAUAUGCCAAUCAUGGAUGGCUAUCAAUUCCUACAAUUUGUUAACCAGGAAAUUUAUGUUCCUGUCAUUUUGAUGUCUUCGGAUGAUAGUCAGAGUUCUGCAUACAAGGCUUUUGAACUUGGAGCUUGUGAUUAUUCGGUGAAGCCUUUGAAUGAGAAGGAGUUGAAGAAUAUGUGGAAACAUGUCUAUAGGAAGUCCAUCAGGGAAACUAAGCAAAAAGAUAUUGGCAGCUUGGAAGACGAUAAUCAGAAAAGAGGGAUCAAUGAUAAUUCUGAAUUUGUUUCUUCUUCUGUGAUUGAAAGAACCAAUAGCAAUAUCAGAGAAUUUGAUAAUGUUGGUGAAUCUGAGAAUAGAGAUGAACCUCCCAAAAAGAAACCCCGUUUAGUAUGGUCAACAGAAUUGCAUCUUGCUUUUGUCAAGGCUGUUAAUCAAAUUGGACAUGCUAUUUUUGUUUUCUUCCUUAAUUGUUAUCUUCUAGAAGCUGUUCCAAACAAAAUUCUUGAACUCAUGAAUGUCCACGGUUUGACAAGAAAUAAUGUUGCUAGUCAUUUGCAGACGAAUUCUGAUACAGUGAGACAGAGACAUCCGAGACAACCACAAAAUGAGAUGCAAGGGACAAUAGAACCUAGGGUGGGUGCAUAUGGAAGAAUUCACUUGCAACCUUUUUCUGCUACUGUCAAUGUUACCAAUGAAACACUGGCAGAUCUUCAUCCUGGUCUCACAGGUAACAUGGUUCUACCAAAAAGAGACCACCAAUCUGCUCCAAAUAUGCAACUGGCUAAACAUUUUGAUGCAGAAAGUGUUUUGGGUUUGGCCCAACAUAGUCAUCCCCUGUCUACCUGUCCUAAUAUGACCAUCCUGCAGAAUUUUCCAGAGUCUAUGGGAACUCUAGAUGUUGCAUUUAGAUAUGGAGUAUGGUCUCCAUCUAACACAGUGUUAGCUGAAAAUCAUCAGACUAUGGUUCAGAGAAACAGUGUGUCAGUGGAUACAUUGCAGCAGCCAGUGAUGCAUCAUCAAAUUCACCCAAUUAACUUGCAGGCAUCUUCCAUGAUGUUUUCUGGAAAUUCAGCUUCUGUCAACCAGAAUGGCACCCUUGGCUGGAAUAUGGAUCACACCUCAACCUAG